GCUUCAAUUUCAUCUCACCAAUGGCCCCCAGCGCUUCCAAAACAGCCGCAAAAACUAAACCCGCUGAUCUAACGGUCCCCCCGUCGCCCCUCGACGCCGGUAACCGCUCGCUCAAGCACUACCAGUCGGGUCUUUCCCCGUUCCGUUUCCGCCUCAGGAACCGCAUUCUACCUGUUGUUCGCAAAGAGACUCAGAUCCUCGCAAACAUUCAGGCAAAAGUUAGAACCCCAACCCUCGACUUCUACUUUGCAUGGUCCGCCAACCUCGCGUCGCACACGUUCUACGUGCUAAUGCUCCCUUUGGCCAAUUGGUUUGGCCUGGAAAAGUUGGCCCGUGAUCUCGUGUUUGUGUUGGGAUUCGGCAUCUACAUCACCGGUAACCUCAAGGACUUCUUGUGCUUACCACGGCCACGGUCGCCCCCGCUCCACCGUAUCACUCUCAGCUCCUACACGGCACAGGAGUAUGGGUUCCCGUCGAGCCAUAGUGCCAAUGCCACUGCAGUUUCCUUGAUUAUGGCGGUUAAGAUCCUGGAAUUGUCAUGUUCUACCGUCGCCAAGAUCAUGCUCUACGCCGCCAUAGCCGUCUACUACGUGCUGUUGAUCUUUGGGCGUGUCUACUGUGGAAUGCACGGGUUCUUUGACGUGUUGACGGGUACGGCCGUGGGAACGGUGUUAUUUUUGUUCCGUCACUGGUAUGGUCAAUGGUGGGACUCGGUGGUGGUUUUGGAUACCGCCGGCCGGUGGGGGUGGUUUCUACCGCCCGUACUCGUCGCCGCCUACCUCAUAUUGGUCCACAUUCACUUUGAGCCAGUCGAUAAUUGUCCGUGCUUCGAUGACUCAGUGGCAUUUAUCGGGGUGCUAAUAGGCCUUGAUUUAAGCCACUGGCUCGCGUACAAAACCGGGUACUUUGCGACGGCAGGAACCGUAGGGUCUCCUCUCAUCGUGCCAUUUGAUUUCGAACACCUCGGACUCGUGAAAACCAUUCUCCGAGUGGCGGUGGGAAUGACAUUGGUGGUGUCAUGGAAAGCGGUGUCAAAGCCUGUGGUGUUCACCGUACUUCCACCCAUCUACAAGGCUAUAGGGGUUAAUUUGCCCCGGAAAAACUUUGAAGCCACUGCGUUCUCGGCUCAAACAAAUCGGCAGAUCCGUAAGGCGUCGAUUUCCAACUUGGACGCCGAGGAAGCUAAGUUCAUCGGCCAGGCCAAAGAUGCGGUGGGGGUCCAGGAUGACAUUGAUUACUACGAGAUGAUUGGUAGUGGAGGAUCUGAGGCUCCUCCUGAUCGGUCGGCAGGGGUGUUUAAAUCCCGGUACGACGUGGAGAUCAUUGGAAGAUUGAUUAUUUAUGCUGGUGUGGCCACUGCUAGUGUAUGGGGAUUUGCGGUGGUAAACAGUACCUUGGGACUUGAUUAAGGCGUUACCGGAGUAUUUUUUAGGUGAGGAGCCUAGAAUACUUAGUAGUAUGAGCUCUUCGUACACGACUCGUUUUUUUACGGCUGUGUAUGACGACCAUGUGGUCGCGUAAAAGCCCAUAGGUGCGACUACUGGGACCUGUGGGACCUGUGGGACUACUAGUGCUUUGGGUCCCGUGGCUCCUUUGGCUUCUUUGAUCCAUGGUCCAUGGUGGUAUUGACGUCUAAAAAGGUACCAAGCCUACCCCUUUUCCCACCCUUUGUAUACAUCUGCAAGUCGGUAUAUUAUUCAACAAUAUUUUAUCUUUACCUAUUUAGUGUUGUACUGCAAACAUCGGCUUCCAGCUGCGGAGUUCCAUAGAGGGCACCAACUUUUCUUGAGCGCGAACCCUUGAAAAACCAAGGGAUAUCUAUAUACUAUCACUAAAAAAAGCUCAAGAGAAAAAAUGAUCAAUGGGGGACUUUAAUCCACCUGUAACUUCGGGUACAGAUCCGUCUGCUGAGAUUGAUGCAUCAGUGGGCCGUCCGUCGCCUCAUUCUGUACCAACACCACAUUCGACCGCCAAACAAAUCGAGUCUCUUUGGGUGCACAUAAAUAACUACCAGUUUAACACAGACAAAAAAAUCGAAGGGCUCAACAUGAGACUGUCUUUCCAGCUCGGGGUGUUGAACGAACGACUUCUGGUGCUUGAAGGCCAAAUGAAUUUUUUGACGGAAGAAGUGGCUGC